AUGUUGCUCCUUCUUCUGGUUUCUUUCCUGGUCACCUGCAGCAGAGCAGAGGAUAAAGAGAUCACCCUCCCCAGACUGAUGGACAUCUCUGCAGCAGAGACCUUCAUCGACUCAGCUGAAGUUGUCAUCAUCGGGUUCUUUGAGGCUGAUGGAGGGCUUGGCUAUGAGGAGUUUCUAGCCGCUGUUGAAGAGGUGAAGUCUCUUCCAGCCGCCCUGUGCAAUGAGAAGGAGGUGUGGGCUAAAUACAGCAUCGACUCAGACACCAUCUCCGUCUUCAGGAAGGCAGAUUUGCAUCAGGAGAACCUAAAACCAGCAAAAGUGAACAGUCUCGACAAGGACAGUGUUGUUCGUUUCUUCACCAUCAGCAACAUCCGCUAUAUCACAGAGUACAAUCAAGUGUCUGCUGUGGGUCUGUUCCAGUCCAAAGUGAAGGUGCACGUUGUGCUCUUUGCCAAUAGGGGGAGUGAUGAUUACAGUGAGCUGAAGGAGCGAGUCAGGGUUUUGGGUCCUCACUACGCCGGAAAGUUGCUCUUUGUGCUGAUUAACGGGAAAGAUCAGGCCAAUGCUCGUGCACUGGGUUACUUCAAACUGAAAUCAGGUGACCUCCCACGUGUUGGCCUCUACGACGCUGAGUCGGACAAAACGUGGCUCAUGGGACCGGGCGAGAUCUCUACUGAGCGUGUGCAGAACUUCUGUGACUCCUUCCUCAGUGGAGAGCUCCAGAAGGAGACCGGAGAACCUGAGGUGAAGUCUGAACUCUGA